AAUAAAACGUUUGAUUAACAAUGGAACUGGAUCCGGAACUUGUUGAGGCUUUUGCCAAUCUCAAAGUCUCCACGCGUGACAUAAGCGCUGAGGAAUUGGCCAAUUUCGACGAGCAUGCUCCACUGCGUGCGCGUGCGGAGCCAAAGCAUCCAUCAUUUGCACACAUACCAAAGUUUUUCACUCCACCGCCACCACCCGAUGACAAGUUGCGGCACUUGCUGCGCCGCGAGGCACACGCGCUGUUCCUGCAGCAAAAGUCCGACGAGCUCCUGAACAACGAGGAGCUCGUCGAGCUUUGGCAGCAGCUGGAGCUGCAUGUGUCGGGCACAACAGCAAAGCAACAGCAGCUCAUAGACUUUGAAAACUACUGCAAGCUGCAGUCGGUGAUUAGCGCAAAGAGUCGCAAGUAUCUCACAGCCGAACUCUUUGCACAAUUGCUGAGCAACUCGCCCUACUUGGGCUGCAUAGAAAUACUCUCAAUUUAUAACUAUACAAUGCGCAAGGGCUGGAUAACUCAAUGCCGCAUUGGACUGUCGUUCUAUGAUGAUGUGGGUCAGGGCUAUCUACGCGAAUUCGAUAUGGAGAACUAUAUAGCAGAUCUAAUACCCACACUCAAGCAGCUUGAGAACAAGUUGCAGCCAGCGUUUGAAAAAUUUUAUGUCUGCACAGUGGUGAAGAAGUUUUUCUUCUUUCUGGAUUACAAGCAUACGGGGCGUAUACGCAUACUGGAUAUGCUCGCCUCUGGCUACAUCGACGAGCUGCUCGAGCUGCGUGAGCUGCCCCAAUCAACGGACGAGCAGCUGCAGCUGAGCAACUGGUUCUCGCUGCCUUCCGUGCUGCAAGUCUAUGGCAGCUUUCUGACACUUGAUCUCGACCAGAACGGGCUGCUUAGCAAAGAGGAGUUGGCCGGCUUUGGCUCGGGCACGCUUACCUCAAGCUUUCUGGAGCGCGUGUUUGAGGAGUGCAUGACAUACGAUGGACAAAUGGAUUACAAGAGCUAUGUGGACUUUGUGCUGGCCUUGAGCAAUCGCAAGACCCCGCAGGCCAUACACUAUCUGUUUCGCAUACUGGACGUGGAGCACUUGGGCUAUCUGACAACACAGACGGUGCGCUACUUCUUCAAGGAUAUACAGGCGCAGCUGGCCGAGCCGAUCAACUUUGAUGACAUCAAUAAUGAGAUAUUCGACAUGGUAAAGCCCAAGGAUUCGUGCAAGAUUACGCAACAGGAUCUGCACAACUGCGGCCAGGCCGAGACUGUGGUAUCCAUAUUAAUUGAAUUCCAUAAAUUCUGGGCCUACGAGAACCGCGACGAGUAUCCGCAGAAUGCUUAAUGUCUGUGCCGUGCCACAUGCCACAGCGAUGCAGCGGCAAUAAUAUCAAGCGAACUUUAAUUAAAAUCCAGAGACAGAUGCAUUGCGUCAACACGAACAGGAAGCCGCACACGUUUUGCUCAAGUGCAGCGGCUCUUUUGAAUUUACAAAUUGUUUGUUGUGUGCAUUGAUUUAUUUAGUUGCUCUACUAAUUUGUGGUCGGUCAAAAUCUCCAGCACUUAUAUGUUGAUUUACUAAUGUAAUACAUUUAAUUUGCAUUUAACAAUUUUUUAGCAUAAGCGGGUACGUAAAGUGCGCCCCCAACUACUGAGAUUAUUAUAAUUUUAUGAUGGUCAGCACUCGGUCGCUCUCUCUUACUCGGGCAACGAGUUUAUAAAA